GCUCGUCUCCAAGCUCAAUUACCUGUUCUAGCAGAACUGAUGUGAGCGCGAGUUUGCGAGCACGUGCCACGUAAGCUGGAAGAACACCGAAACUCCAAGUAGGCGCGCGAGGACAAAAUAAUUCCUUACACCUGAUAAAAGACCAAGGUGUUUUUUUUUUGACUGGGGAUCUGACAGACCGCGAGGAUGCACUUGUUGUCCGCCAGCUGCGCCUGUGCGCUUCUAAUCCACGCGCUCUUCUGCCAAGUCAAAUCUAUGGAGAGUGUUCACGGUGCGUACGGAGAAACCAUAGAGAUUCCCUGCGGAUUCAGAAAAUUCGAAAAACCAGAAAACAUCGUCAUGGUCAAAUGGAAAUACGAACACGAAACGGGGUUUUUAAAAGAUUUGAUUGUCAAACGAAGCGAUAAGGACGAAGCGAUAUCCAACCAAGAUGCAUACAAGGAUCGUGUGAGCUUGGGGUCCAACUACAGCCUGCUGCUGUCUGAUGUCAAGCUGACCGACCAAGGGACUUUCACCUGCUUUUUGGUGACCUCGGGAAACAUUUUGGAAUACAGAACUACAUUGGAAGUUAUAAAGUCGCCUGCAGGCCUGGAGAUGCUUGACAAAGCAGAGGAGCUGGAGAUUGGCAAACUCACUAAGCUGGGAGUGUGUACUGCUAAAGAUGCUAACCCAGCUGCAGACAUCAUGUGGUUAAAGAACAACCAACCUCUGGUGGAUGAUGGGAAAGGCAUUUUCAUUACCCAGUCUGUGAAGGAGGACCCCGUCACGCUCUCGUCGACCACAACCUCCACUCUCGAGUACUCCGCCAAGAAGGAGGACGACGGCGCUGAGUUCAUCUGCCGCACCAAGCACUCCGUGGAAGAGCACGCGUCCUCUCCAAUUACUAUAACCGUCACCUACUCCACGGAAACCAUCGAACUUCAUGUCACUCCUCAGGAUCUUCUUGUGGAAGGAGUUAACGUUACUCUGAAGUGUGUGGCGGAUGGAAACCCGCCUCCCACCAGCUUUAACUUCCACCUCAAGGGGGAGACGGUGAAAGUGGAAAACAAAAACACGCUGACCAUCCCGAACGUCACACGUGACGCAUCUGGUGAAUACAGGUGUUCUCUGGUGGAUGACCGCGCACUGGAAGCCUCCAAGAACAUCACAGUCAACUACCUAGACUUUAAUUUAAGCCCCUCUGGAAGGAUUGUCAUGAAAACUGGCGAAGCUUUGGAAGUAACUCUUCAGAUUAAUUCUUCUGCUUCACAUAGCGUUUCAUGGAAAAAGAAUGGUGACAUUUUAGACAAAGAGCCAAAGUUCCACAAGAUCGCUUACUCUGACUCUGCUGUCUACGAGUGUGAGGUGACGUUGGGGCCCCUCAGCCGGAAAGCAUCUUUUGAGCUUGUUGUUGAAGGUGCUCCGGUUAUCACCAGCUUGUCCAAACAGCACAGUGACGACGGCAACCACAGAGUCCUCAUCUGUGAGGCCGAAGGAAACCCGAAGCCAGCAGUUACCUGGAACAUCAACGGCACUUUGCUUUAUGAAAGUCCCUUCACCAAUGGAAAGAUAACGCAGAAGUUUGCAGUUGUGCCAUCGGAAAACCUCACCGUCCUGUGCACAGUGUCCAACGAGUUUGGCAGUGAUACUAAAUCUAUCGAUGUGCUUCCUUUACAAUUAAAGCCUGAGAAAAUCCUACCCGAAGACACGGAGAGGAGCAGGGAUCAGACCAAGCUAGUAGUUGGAGUUGUGCUGGGCCUCCUCGUCGCCACCGUGCUCAUUGGCCUGGCAUACUGGCUUUACUUGAAGAAUUCCAAGCAAGGAAGCUGGAAGACUGCAGAGAACGAAAACGGAACCUCUGAGGAGGAGAAAAAGCUGGAGGAGAAAGUGGAGAACAGUCAGAAAGCUGAAGUGUAAAGAAGAGGUGUCCAUUCUGUAAAUGGGGAGUGAGAGUGAGAACAUAGAACUUUUGCACAUUUCUGUCCUGAGGGUGGGAAUGAGAGUGUGCAUUGGGACGAAGACCGCUUGGUUUCAGGGAGACUUCUACAAAAAACAAACAUAUCCACACAUCCCCUAUGCUCAUCAACUCCUCACCCCUCCAUUUAUGAAAAGAAUAAUUAAAAAAAAAAAAACCGAAUGGAUAUUGUGUGUGAUAUACAUAACUCGUCUGCACUACUGAAACCUGUGUAAAACUUGUCUACUUUUAGGAUCCAUGUCUGUUAGAAUGGAACUUUUGGGAAAAGUGUGAAGAUUCAGAUCUUUUUUUUUUCUUUAGCUGUCUUUAGUUGAUGCAAAUAAAGUUUAAAGCUAGACCAAUUGCCUUCUCUGUAAGGAUGUGUAGUUCUGCAUUAGUCUGCCCCCACCCCACCCCACCCCACACUCACCUUCCUCACGUCUUAUUAGUUAAAUCUCGGUGAAGCCACCUCUGCUUCAACAUCAGUAGAACGUAGUAGUAAACGUGUUUAUUCUCCGCUCUUUAAUGUGGUGGAAAAAGUUUUCAAAAUUGAGGGGAAAUUCCUGAAAGGGCUAUGGGUAUAUUCUUAUACUCAGCAUUAGUUAUAGAUGGGGAUUUUUCACGUUGCUGGAAGCUGGUGAUGUUCACAAACUUCUUUGGUGUUGUAUGAAUUCACUUUUUUUUGCCUUUGAUUGUGUGUAACCAGGAAAGAAAAUGGCGGGCAGUGUAGCCUUUUCUUCUACGUACUGUACAUUUGACUAAACGACAUCGAUCGGCUCCUUUUUCAUCACUUCUGUUACUUUUUUUGUGUUGCGUCUCCCAUGAAUUUUUCCGGGGACCUGCAGACAUGAAAGGGUAACUAUUGGUUUGUGUUCAGGAAUGAUUGUUUAUCACGUAGCCAUAACCUCAUUUUGCAAUCCGGGACGCAGAAAGGACAGGAUGCGUGUCUCAAAGUAGCCUUGAUAUGUAUGCCUUCUUUCAUUAAUCUACCUGUAUUGCUUCCAUCAGUGAUGUGCACUAUAGGGUUCAUGUUUCAAGCUCUGUGUAGAAAACUAUGGAAAACACGCAGCUGUACAUGUCACCAUCUUUGGUCCAUUAGGCGUUUAUUGAACUGAAAAAUGUAACAAGACCCGGAUAAAGUUGUGAAGUGUGUGAAUGUAAUUUUCUUUCUUUUUUUACGUUUCUUUUUUUUUUUUUUUGCUAUUUAUAUUGUACAAGAUUAAAUAUCCUGCUAGAUUUUUUUUGUUUUCGGUUUAUUUCAAAUGUCGAUAAAUUGCUUGCUGAAAAUGUAAUUUGCUUCUGUAGUUUGCUCAGCGUCUAGUCAAAUAAUACUCCAAGCAUGUGAUAAUCUCAGACCUCCGAGCUUCUGUCUACUUUGUGGGAAAAAACAAACAAAAAAAAUCUUAAAUUGGAAAAAUCGACCAAAGAAAGUGAACAUUGCCAUGCAAGUAUUGUAAAUAUCUGAUGUUUGUUUUUGUACUUUUGUUUAAAAUAAAGUGUACAUUUGGAAAAGGUA